AUGGCGCCUCCAGCUCCUUCUUCGAGAAAACGAGUAAAUGUAAAAGAAGAGGCGAAAACUGACGAACGGGAAUUCUUUCAGCUAUCACCUUUGCCUUUGAGCAUUUUCAUUAUAUUUUUGCUGAUCUUAUACUGGGUAAGAUAUUCAUUUUAUGAUUCGUGUAACAGCUGUUCACUGUUGGAGAAUGGGCAAGAGUUGGUCGAAAAUCUGGCUGAUACUCGGUGUAAAAACCUGUGCACCUCAAGAGUGACGUAAAACAACUAAUACCAAGAAGCAGCCAACACAAUAGCACCAAGGAAAAUAAUAACUAGAAAACAAAGAAAAACUUCACAGGUUUUUACUCCGAGGAUGACCAGAAAAUCAAUGAUCUGGGCUGUCAGGUGCAGUGCUGUCAACUCUCCCGGAUAAUCCGGGAGACUCCAGAUUUUGGACCCUAUCUCCCGGUCUCCAGAUUAGAGUCUGAUAUCUCCCGGAUAAUCGCCAAAGUUGCUAUUUCUUGUAGACUCGACUUUCCAACCACAAAAUUUCAAAUAUUUUGCCUUGUUUGAGCUACCGUUACAGUUAACAUGGAGCGUCUUGUCAUAAAUUCUGGUGUUCCACUGUAAUUGAAGCAAUACCGUAAAAUUCCGAAAAUAAGCCCCUCCAUUUAUAAGCCCCUCCAAAUAUAAGCCCCUCAAACUCAUAACGUAAAAACCCUCCGUUAAAUGGCCCCUCCAAAUAUAAGCCCCCCCGGGGGGCUUGUACUUGGAAAUUUCCCUCAAAUGCAAAGUAAAACAAAGCAAAAACGGUAAAUUUUCUUCCAAUUAUAAGGCUAGCCCAAUCGAUUUUUGAGACGCAAAUUUCCUUCCGUAGAUAAGCCCCUCCGAAUAUAAGCCCUCAAAAAAGGCCUUUGAAAAAUGUAAGCCCCAGGGCUUAUUUUCGGAAUUUUACGGUAAUCUGAUAAUGUGGCUAAAUAUGAACUGUUUAUGUGCUAUAUACGUCAAUCAGAACCAGCAAGCAUUUUGGGCACAAUUGACGUCAUCUGUCGUUCGAUAUUGUGUCAUCUAUCAUUCUUCCCUAUCAAUUCUCACUCAACACUUGAUGAUGUGGGGGGUUGACAGCCCUGCAGUUGGCUUGUCUAGGCAACAAUUUAUUAAUGACGUAUUACUAUGAACGGUUUUAACUCAGAAGUGAUAAGUAGGUAGAGCAUGAUCAUUCAGGUGUCUAGCCUGCUGGCAAGCUCAGACUCCACUUGGGGGAGUUGCGAGAAAUCACGCAAGAGCCACACAUGAAAUGAGAUGUGAGUGUGAGAAGAAGUGGGGAAAGAAGGAGGAGCUUCAUUACUACCCUCCACAUAGCAUGCUAAGGGGUAAAUAAAAAUGCGACAGUGGACAUGGAGUGUGACUCAUGCUGAGUGCCUGAUGGACAAUAAGGACCAGCGCUUUACUAACAGAAUGUCUGAACCAUACAAAUUUUAGAUAAUACGUAGUGACAUAUUUUGGAUAACAAUGCAGAAAAAAAUACAUAACAGUAAAAUUCGACAAUAUUCAACAGUAACUAGUAAAUGAUCUUAAAGUUAAAGUCAAUAUUUUGAAUUCAUAUAAACUAUAAGAUCUACCUAGACAUGCAGAAGUUAAGCAAACAUGAAAAGUGAAAUAUGAAAUAACAAAAAUGAAAAACAACAACAAAAAGACAAAGCAAAGAAUUAAGGCUAAGAGAAAAAUCUAGAAGAAAUGCAAAGCAAUGAUAUGCUGCCGCGUACAAAAACCCGGAAUGAAAAAAACCCUGUGGUACAAAAAAAAAAAACCAAGAACAUACUCCUAAUUGAUGCGAUUGAAUGCAGCAAAUCGUGCUCCGAGGAUAAGAGCUAAACUAAGUCUAUUAAGUUCACUACUCACAGUGUUACGUUGAAAAGCGUUCAUCGCAACGAUCUCUUAUAAAUUUUCAUUUCCACCCUUGAAACUGUAGGUAACCGUAAAGCGUUAAAACUGUCACCCGAAACAGAAACAAAUGUGCCAGUUAUGCUAGCAUUCCAACCAAAGCAAAAUAUUUCAUUUUCAAACUAAGACAAGACUACUAAAAGACAAAAUCAACGAAAACACUGCAUUUUGAAAUUAUCCAUUAUCUGAAAGCAGUUUAAGUGGAGAUACAUUUGUGAAUUUUCCUUUUCAGCUAUCACCUAAUAACUUGUUUCCCUUCUUUUUGGGGGGCUGAUCUAAGAAGCAACGAAUUCAAUAUGCCUUGGCAGCUGGUUCAAUAGGAGUUUUGUGGGGUGAAGGCUUUUCCUCUCAAUUUUUGCAACCACUGGAAAUACUCCUGGCCCCAUGCCAGUUGUUCCAAAGGUGGAUAACACUAUUCACUGGAUAAAUCUCUGUCUAUUGCAUAGCACAAUAAUAUUGGUUUCCCAAUACUUAUAAUCCACUGGAUAGUGACUUAUCCAGUGGAUGGUGCUAUUCAGUGUAAAUUGAACAACCAGUCCCUAAUUUGCUGUCCUAGUCACGAUGGAACAGUGUCAGGGUUGUGCUCUGGUAGUGCUCGGUGACCCCUGGUGCCUUACUUUUGAUCUUGGGUGAUUAAAAAAAUUUAGCUUUUUCAUAGAAAUCCUAUGCUAGGCACCUUAUGUUUCACAGGUUUGACUCGGGGAGGAGGGGGGGUACUUGGGUUAAUUUUUGCUGUGUAUGUGCCGCAUGCCUCUGAGAACCCCUACCCCAUUAUAGUCUAUUUUGUGGUCAUAUUAUAGACCCCAUCUUAGUCACUUUUGGAAAAAAGUAAUUUUUGCAAUCCCAACUUAGUGACCUUCUGUUUAUGCAUCUGCCUUAUAAAGCCUUAAUUUAUCUACAAUUAUAAGUCAUCCUAAAAUGAACUGACACAUUUGUUAAACUUAAUGUGGUGUAAAUCUUUUUAUUUAUAAAUGCUUACACACCUGAAUUUUCUGACCCCCAAAAUCCUGAAAAUGUGCUACCCCAUUCUAGUAACUCUUAUAAAAAUGCAACCCCAUAAUUGUCAAUCCAGCAACACAUACAUACAUGUUUUUUAUUUGAAGUCUUAUACAAUAAAUAGUAUAUCAACUAUUUCCAACUAACUAAAAUUACAAACAACAAUACCCAGUAGCCAACUAGGAAGUACCCCCCCCCCCCCCCCCCCACCGGGCUCCGCCCAACGGGUGUCCCUUGGAGCACCACAAUCCCCCUACAUCAAAGGAAUGCAACACUAAACUGGAAAGAACAAUGGUUUUAUUUAAAUUGCAAACAAAAACAAGAGCUUUACAUAACAAAGUUUUGAAACAGUGGAGAUCUCAGUGUUUAUCAAGGGGUUCAGAGCACUGGUCUCCAUCUGAGUUGCCCCAAGCCUCUGUUUCAAAGUGAGGCUAAGAGCAAAGCCAUAUGAAAAUGAUUUUUAUUCCAAUGCAAAUAAAACUCAGGGAUUUUCACAAGAAAGGUUUUGCACUUAGCCUCGUUUUGAAAGUGAGAGGUUUUGGAACUCGGAAAGGGACUAUUCUUCUUAGAGCAUAGGCUUGAAUGUUGCAUGCCGGUGUUACCUUUAAAUACAUCACAAUACCACUAUACUUUCAACUUGUGCGCUAACAAAAAAGUUGAACGGAACCCAGGGCUCUGAAAUCCAGGGUACCCAGCGUAUGAUUUCUAGGGAAAAAAUGUGAUUUUCCAGUCACCAAGGAGCAAAAGUUAUGUGCCAGGGACCACCUGGUGCUGCUAGAGCCCUACCUUCUGUCCUCCUUGAUUGCAUUAUUAUACCCACUCUCUAUUUCUUGCAGUUUGUUUGCUACAAUGUAGAUGCUCUACCUUUGCAAGCAUUGGGACCACUAGGGAAAAUGUUAGCAUAUUUAGAAUCCAAUUAUUUGAAAGCAUUAAGACUUGGGUGAGUACUUGAAAUGUCACUCAAACUGUAUUUUUAGCGGGGCUCUCACGUCCGCAAAGCGUGCACAGCAAGCACCAUAUGGGUAUGAAAAUUUGGUUAUCUAUACAUCCGAGAAAUUCUGGUAGUGACUUGUAGUCAUGUGACCAUCCGUCCAUCUGUCUGCACCACAGGCAUACCAAUGUAAAAUAAGUCAAUCAACAGGUACGCCAAUCAAAUGCAACUCCUGGCUCCAGUUGUUCAAAAGGUGGAUAGCGAUUUAUCCGGUGGAUAGCGUUAUCCAGCUUUAGAACAACCGGGGCCAGGCUUUUUUGGCUGGAAAUCACAUGGCCACCCGCAUCUUGUGAAGCAGAGACAAUUAUUAAAGAGUCGUUAAAGACAAAACAGAAAGCGGAAAUUGUUUCUGCCUCCUUGUUGUCUAAAGUAUUGAUUUUAGCCUACAAUAAUGUCCACAAAAUAAUUUGGAAAUUAUAUAGAGAAAGAGAAAGACAUAGAAAACAAGAAAGUAGGUGACAGGAUAGAGAAGCUCAAUAAGAAAAAGAGCAACAGAGAACUAGAGUGAGAGAUAAAAAAACAAAGGAGAUGAAUUUCAUUGGAAGAACAACAUGAAAAUUUUGCAGUGGCAGUGAGAAAAUGAGAAAAUUAUGCUAGUACUCAGCAAGGUGAAAAUGAGGGGUAAUGAAAAAACAGUGAACAGGAAUAUAAGCAACAAAUUUUGGGGGGAGCAUAUACAACAUUUUCUUCAUAAAAUGUGUAACUAGAAAGUUUCACGUUGCAACAACGACAGCAAAGAAGUGUACAAAAAAGUGUGCUGCACGUGAAAAGUUCUUGAUUGUUUAUCUAAUUAGACCUAUUUGUUUUUUUGGCAGUUCCUGUUUCCAUUGCUGUUUAGCAUUUUGUUUAGCAUUUUGAGUAAAGUGAAAGUAUUUUAACAAGAGCUUUGCUUUUAGCCCUGGCUUGAACUAUAUAUUAGGUCAUAUCCGGUUGACAGGACCGGAGUACCUAGAUAGACUACGAGUAGUCCCCCAUUUUUCCUCAGGGAUAGUAGAUCAAGCGAAACGCGAGUGCGCGUGAAAAUCACCCCACACGAGAAAAGACGACACGCGGCGGGGAGAGAGAAAAAUGAGGGACUACAGACAAAGCCCAAGCUUUUGACCCUUCACGGCCGACUGAUUUUGGAGUGUGAAGUUCGUAUCCCCUUCCACAUCAAUUAAGCGCAUCGAAUGGGAUUCCUUCCCUUAUUGAGUUGUCAUUGCUCUUGUCAUCGGUAAACUGCGGGGAUAUGUUUAUUGCAAGCAAAAGAAAACCCAGAUACUAAUUUUCUUCACGGCUUUUUCGCGUGAAAAACUUGAUAGUGUAGGCAACACACGACUUUUACUCAUGCCAAAAUCCUGCUUAUUCCAAUGAAUUUUUUUCUCAGACGGGUAGAUUAUGCUCUGGAGGACACGCAUAUUUAUUUUCUGCGGUUAUUGUCUAUGGUCGGCAUGAUUUGCCCUCUGAUGCAAGAGCAUUUUCUUUGACCUCUUUUGAAAAGUAAAGCUCUUCAAUGCAGCUAAAUAAGGGUUUUGGGUUGUUUAAUUUCUCUGGCGAUUGACUCUUGGAUCUGAAUAAUUUUAAGCGAUUUUCUUUUUGGCCGUGAAUGUGACGGUUUCCUGCAAUGUUUUGUUAGCAGGACGGAUAGUGAUAUCCAAAUCUCGAAGAAUGGAUUGCAGCUUAAACUAAAACUACAUUAAUUAUGGAGAAUUGCGAUGUGACUCAGUCAUGACUGCUCAUGAAUUUUAACUGCCGCUUGUUUUUCUGGAGAUAAUGUGAGCUUUUGGACUGGAGCACGUAGUUCCUCCCUUGGUGAUAACUAUUGAAUUAGCUUAACAGCCUUGCGACUGUUCUGUUAUUCCCAAUUUGUGAUCAUGCAAGACCAUGGUUUCGGUUCUCCACGCAAACCUCAUCAGUUGCCGGGUUGGCUUUCUGCUUAGUUGCUUCAACAAGAGCAACUCUAGUUAUUUGUUUUGUGCUGUUAUUUGUUCUGUAAAUUGUGAUUAUGUCGAGUGUUGAUAGCGGCUGGCGCAUUUUUGACAGAUGCUGACAGAUUUCCAUGGAAGGGCCAAUCAGAGUUUUGCAUUGUGAGAGCAACGCAUUAGUUCAAAAGCUUGGGCUUUGUCUGUAGUCCCCCAUUUUUCUCUCUCCCCGCCGGGUGUCGCCUUUUCUCGCGUGGGGUGAUUUUCACGCGCGCUCGUGUUUCGCUCGCUCUACUAUCCCUUGAGGAAAAAUGGGGGACUACUCGUAGUCUAUACCUAGAAAAAAUCCUGAGGUACUAAAGGAUGGUCAGCCAGACAAAUUGGGCUCCGUGACAUAAUAAUACAUGGCUUCAAUUUUUUUUUCAGUCGCACAUUACAGUGGUUAAUUCUUGAAGAAAACUAACAACAGAGCUUGAUCUGCACAUAUAUAGUCAAACUUUAUCAUAUUUAGGAUCACAAGCUUCAAUGAAUUGAUUUCGUAAUUUUGAUGACCACCUUCCUGCCUUAAGCCCUUUAUUGAUUGCAAAAUAGUAAGCAUUUUUUCUUUUUAAACAUUUCCCCCAUUUCUAGUGCUUCCUACCCUUUAGAACUCCCCCCUCUUGCCCAUUUAUAUCCUGCCUCCUGCACUCCUUCCGUCCCUGUUCCACAGUCUAUUGGGCCACCACCCGCCUGUCCUCCCCCAGAUUCCUUGCUAGAUUUGAUACUCUUCCCAAUGUUAAACUUGAAUUUGAAACCAAGAUGGCAACCUUUUACAGUAAGCACUUGGUCUUAAUAAUCUCAGGGGGAAAUACAAGGAGGUCGGUAUAAUAAACACUCUACACAGACACCUUCAAAUAUCAAUAUCAAUAUCAAAUAUCAAUUUUGUACACCUACAGGACCCCUACUGGUGCCUACUUUAUAUGAGAAAUUUCAGAGACUGUAGUUUUACUGUUGGUGCCAAUUUGGUUUUGAUAUAAUCCAGCUGCAAUUGAUGUCAUUUUAACAACUUUUUUUCUCUUAGUUUCAGAUUUACAAUAAUGGUCCAUCUUCUGGAGGCUGGUUUUGCAUACAGAGUCUGUAGGUAAGGACUCUUUCUUCAAUAAUAUUCUCAUCCCUCAGAGAAGUAGGAUUUCCUGCUCUACUCUGCACAUGGGGAGAAGGUCCUAAUAAUGGUGAUGAUGAAUUUAAGGAACAAGAACGCAGCCCUUAGAAAUGACCUCGCCACCUCUACUCUCUCUUUCUGUUUUGUUUUCUUUGGCAACAAUUUUUGUUGUAUUAUUUUCCGCCUGAUCCCCUUUGCAUAACCCACAGUCAAAUUUAGCAUUUUAAUGCUUGGUAGGUUAAUCUUAUGUCCACAUAUAUUUUUAUUUCCUGCUAACAAAUAAAAUUUUUGUUUGUCCUGUAGGCGGAUGAUGUUCUCUCAUUUAACAAGUUUCAAGUGGCUGGUACAAACUCUUGUGGUUGGUUUUCCUUCACUGGGCACGCUUCUCCGAUACCGGAAGGAGAGAGAGCUCCGAAAAAACAAAAGUGAAUAA